UGGCCCCAGCAGGUGUAUCAUGGAGCUGGCUCUGCCUGCCAUCCUAUUUACCUUCUUUCCUGGAGUUCUUCUGGGGAGUGAGGUUCUCACAACCGACUCUGACAGCCCGUCUACCACAACAGGCAGGCGGAGCGUUGACUCGGAUUCAGUGUGUGGACGUCCCAGGACAUCAGGCCGCAUCGUGUCAGGACAAGAUGCCCAGCCGGGCCAGUGGCCUUGGCAGGUCAGCGUGCGGGAGAAUGGGGCACACGUGUGUGGGGGAUCUCUGAUUGCUGAGGACUGGGUGUUGACUGCUGCCCAUUGCUUCAACCAGGGCCAGUCCCUGUCUAUCUACACAGUAUUGCUGGGUACCAUCUCCUCCUACCCUGAGGACAAUGAGCCGAAGGAGCUGAGAGCUGUGGCCCAGUUUAUCAAGCACCCAAGCUAUUCAGCGGAUGAGCACAGCAGUGGAGACAUUGCCCUGGUGCAGCUGUCUUCACCCAUCUCCUUCAAUGACUACAUGCUUCCAGUCUGCCUCCCAAAACCUGGCGACCCCCUGGAUCCUGGCACCAUGUGUUGGGUCACUGGCUGGGGACACAUUGGCACAAAUCAACCGCUUCCACCACCCUUUACCCUGCAGGAUUUGCAGGUGCCUCUCAUUGAUGCCCAGACCUGCAAUUCCUACUACCAGGAGAACUCCAUUCCCAGCACGGAGCCAGUCAUCCUUGAAGGCAUGCUGUGUGCUGGUUUCCAGGAAGGCAAGAAGGAUGCUUGUAAUGGUGAUUCCGGAGGUCCCCUAGUCUGUGGCAUUAAUAAUGUCUGGAUCCAGGCAGGGGUGGUGAGUUGGGGAUCUGAUUGUGCUCUGUUCAAGAGGCCAGGUGUUUACACCAACGUCAGUGUCUACAUCUCAUGGAUUCAGAACACAAUGUGGAAUUUACCCAUGGAAGGAAGAGGUUUUUCCCCCAGCCUUUCAGGGACCCCAUUCUCGGGCCUGUUGCUGUUUCUCACAUCCCUCAGUAGUGCCUUCUUCCUCCUGGGGCCCUAACCCGCAUCU